GAACUGAGCAGUAGGGAUUUGGGGUUAACCCUCCUCCACGAGAGAAAUUUAUCUGUUUAAUUAUCAGAUAAGGGAGGGGUGUGUGGCCGUCGGGAAGAAAAGGAAUUUGAGGAGAAGUGGGAGUGGACGAGAUUAAAGGCGAUAGAGAGACGGCAAUAAACAGGGGCUGUCUGAAUUAAAUCUCAGUUGUAGCCUUCGAGGGCUCGGCUCUGAUCUGAAAUUCCGGGGAUCUGUCUACGAAGCUGGAAAGGCAGCCGAAUAAUGAGUGACAAAGGCACAAGAGUAUUUAAGAAAUCCAGCCCCAAUGGAAAGCUCACCGUCUACCUUGGGAAAAGGGAUUUUGUCGACCAUGUAGACUUUGUGGAGCCUGUUGAUGGUGUUGUCUUGGUUGAUCCAGAAUAUCUGAAGGAAAGGAAAGUCUUUGUCACUUUGACCUGUGCCUUUCGAUAUGGCCGUGAAGAUUUGGACGUGUUGGGCCUGACUUUUAGGAAGGAUCUCUUUGUCGCCAAUGUUCAAGCUUUUCCACCCAUAGUGGAGGAGAGGAAACCAUUAACCCGGCUCCAGGAACGUUUGAUCAAAAAACUGGGAGAACAUGCCUAUCCCUUCACAUUCGAGAUUCCUCCUAACUUACCUUGUUCAGUCACGUUGCAACCAGGACCUGAAGACACAGGAAAGGCUUGCGGUGUGGAUUUUGAGGUGAAAACGUACUGCGCCGAGAACUUGGAAGAGAAAAUUCAUAAAAGGAACUCGGUGAGGCUGGUAAUUCGAAAAGUGCAGUACGCUCCGGAGAAACCUGGUCCACAACCAAUGGCUGAGACCACCAGGCAGUUCCUCAUGUCAGAUAAACCCCUCCACCUCGAGGCAUCGCUGGACAAAGAGAUUUAUUAUCACGGAGAACCUAUAAAUGUCAAUGUCCAUGUGACUAAUAACACCAACAAGACCGUUAAGAAGCUAAAGAUUGCUGUUCGUCAGUAUGCCGAUAUCUGUCUGUUUAACACAGCUCAGUACAAAUGCCCUGUCGCAACAGCAGAAGCAGAGGUCGUGAAGAACCAGCUGGGCAGAGAGUGGGUGAGACAGGACUUGACAGACAACAUCUCCCAAACCACAUUACAAACCUGCUUCUGCUUGCCUUUCAGUGAUGUGAUUGUGGAGCUGCCGUUUACCUUAAUGCAUGCUAAGCCCGAGGAAGAGACAUUCUACAGAGAAGUUCCUGAGAAUGAGGUUCCCAUCGACACCAACCUGAUUGAGUUUGACACCAAUGAUGACGACAUUGUUUUUGAGGAUUUUGCUCGCCAGAGGUUAAAAGGGUUGAAGGACGACAAUGACGAUGAUGAAGAUGGAGUCAAUUCACCCCAGCACAAUGACCGAUAAAACACGGGGUCGCGCAAAUUGCUGCAAGGCGCGGUGAUCUUCAAUACCUGAAAAGCUGCUGUCGUUAGUUUAUUUUUCUCCUUGUUUUUGUUAGACAAUAAAACAACUGAGGCUUCUCAAUGGUCCCAGGCCAAAACCUGACAGGGUCCAAACAGUAGACUGGUACAAUCAUGAUGUCAGUUUCUUCACAGCCUUUUUGGGGAAAUGGAG